UAAUAAUUUUUUUUUUUUUCAACUUCAGGUAUAAAUGUGAUCUAGGGUCAAAAUCCAAGUCGACAGUUACGUCACCAAUGGCAAAACUUGUACAAGUAUUUUUUCCUUGAUAUAUAUCAUAAUAAACUCUUAUAUAUCUCCAGUAUAAUAACAAUCUGCGUAUAAGAAUGACGGAAUAGACUACAACUUUUUUCACUUAAUAUGUAGUGAAUAUUUAUAUAUAUAUUAAAUAUAAAUAUAAUAUUUAAUGUUUAUUACAGUGAUUAAUAAUAACAAUAAUAAUAUUAAAAAUAUUUUAAAAAUAAUAACUCCAAUAAAAAUAAACAAAAUGUUAAAGUUUAUAAAAUCAAAUAAUUUAGACGUGGGUUGUUUGAUAACAGUGAUGACUAUUAGAACUAAAUAUUUAAUUAAUUGUGACAAUGAAUUGUGAUCUUAGUAUUUAUUUAUAUAUUUAUUAUGCAGUGCAGUGCAUUUAACAUUUUUUAUUAUUUUAUUAUUUAUUUAUUUGUUUUUUAAAUUUGAAUUUCUGGAUUUAAAAAAAAUUAAUCUGAGGAUUUUAAAAAUUACACUGAGCCGAAUUGAUGAUUAAUAAUAAUUAUAAAAAAUAAGUGUAAAUUAAUUGGAAUGGCAGCAGCCCAAAAAAAAAAUCAAUCACGUAGACGACUUGCAGCAAUAACAUUUCUAUCAAAUAUAUCAUUGGACGGAAGUCAUCGGGAUACAAAUUUUUCACUUCUACCUCACAACGGAGCUAUACACCGGCGUGAAAUAAAACUAAAUAAUAUUAUUAAUAAUAGUAGUAAUAAUAAUAAUUCAAAUUAUAAUGAUAAUGUUAAUGAGAUAAUAAGAUAUAAUGACACAUCAAUAGGAGUUGUAACAACAGAUACAAAUACAUCAGAUGAAAUUAUUGAAUUAGUGCCAGGGUAUGUUGCAGAAAUUAAAAAUAAUGAUUCUGGUGAAUUGCCACAUAAAAUAAUAAAUGAUCAUAAUUCAAUAAGUUCGGAUUCUGAUGGUAUUUUCACUUCUGCUAAAAAUACAAUAUCUGCUUUGCUUGAUCAAGAACGAAUACAACCAUUGUUGUCAUCGAUACCUGGCUCGUUUCGUGAACGAGCUGGAACAGCAGGAAGUGAAUAUUCAUUACCAGAAAGACGUGUUGGUUCAUUAUAUUACAAAAAACGUAUUGUACAUCAAACAUCAACAUUAUCUGAAGACAUAAAACACCAUUACAAUAGCAGUAGUGAAAGUAUUGGAUCUCAAAGAUCUAAAUCAAUUUCAUCUAAAAAUAAAGGAAAAACAUUAAAUAAUGCUCAGACAUGUGUGACAUCAAAUGCUGUUAUUAUACCAGAAGUAACACGAGAAUUACGAAUAAUGCAACGGCCAACAAAUGGUCAUAAAUUUGGUGACGAUCGUCUGGUACUGGUGUCUACUAAAAAAGUACCAUUUCUUGUCUUCUCAGCAUUGCCUUACAACAAAAAUCAACGAACCAGUUGCUGUUCAAGUGUUACGAGUAUACCGGGGUUCAUAAACAUCAGUGUUUCUAAUCGAAUUCUACGCAGGUCGGAAUUACGUAGAGAUACUGGUCGUAGACGAAAUACAUCGGGUCCAAGGCCACUUUCGGCUAUUAAUGAUAAUUUAGAUCCAUUUGGUUUAUUGGGAAUAGAACGUGCUAAAGAUGGACAGGAAAUGUCUUAUGGUCAAUUAUUGGUGCCGUCACGACAAUUUCAACGUGAAAGAAAAAUUCUUGCAAAUGAUUCUGAGGCUAUUGAACUCAACCAUAUUACCCCAAAGCAACAUCAUAUUGUUUCAAGGACAAAAACAAUAACUUGGAAUAAGGACCAUAGUAAAUGGUGUCUGUCUUAUGACACUAAUUCACAUCGCGGCCAGCUCGUGACAUCUGAUUCUCCACCGUUAUCGCUUUCGAACGACAGUAAAAAUUACGAUUGGGAUGAACAUGGAACUAUGCCGUAUAAUCCGAAUCUACUAGAUGAUCCAGAACUAAUUGCUGGAAAACAUCGUACACUUCUUACUUUUACUUCUUAUAUGGCAUCGGUUAUUGAUUACGUACGUCCGUCUGACUUAAAAAAAGAACUUAAUGAUAAAUUUAAAGAAAAAUUUCCACAUAUCCAAUUAACGCUCAGUAAAUUACGCAGUUUAAAACGUGAAAUGCGAAAAAUAGCAAAAUUAGAAUAUGGAAUAGAUUUAUUAACAGUUGCAAUGGCAUAUGUCUAUUUUGAAAAGCUUAUACUGCGUAAUGUGGUUACAAAACAAACUCGUAAAUUAUGUGCUGGAGCUUGUUUACUAUUAGCAGCAAAGCUCAAUGACGUAAAGGGUGAAGUACUUAAAUCACUUAUUGAGAGAACUGAAAGUGUCUUUCGUUUAAAUCGUAAGGAUCUUAUUGCAUCGGAAUUUGCGGUGCUAGUCGCACUUGAAUUUGGAUUACAUUUACCAACAUGGGAAAUUUUUCCUCACUAUCAACGUUUAAUAUAUGAAUCUUGACCUCAUUUACAGUUUCCUAAUUCAUUUAAAUUAAAUAUUUUUUCGUCUGGAAAAUAAUUUACAAAAAAAAAAUACUUCGUCCAACGUUUACUCUCUUUCCAGCUUAAAUUAAACAUAGAUAAAUACAAGCGUAAGCAAUAAUGUACCUUGAAUAUACUCAAUUUAUAAUUUUUGACAUGCUUUCAUAGAUUUAAACAACGUUUUAAUAAAACAAAAUGAGUAUGAGUCUAAAAAAGUUUGUUAUUAUAUUCAAAAGACGUGAAAUGUUUGAUACGAAAAAGAAAAAAAAAUGAUGGGAAAAAUGUUUAAUUACUUUUUAACUUUUUAGAGUUUUAUAUUCUCAUAUAAAGUAUCUUUUUAAUAUUUAAAAAUCAUUAGAAUGGCAUUUAUAUAUUUGUCUAAUCGACUAAAUACUAAGAGUGAUAUUAUUAGAGUCCAAUUAUUUUUUUAUUAAUUUAAAAAAAAAAGUUUAACUCAUUGUUGUUAAUUUUAUAAAUAAUUAAUUAUUUAUUCUAUCAGAAUAAUUAUAAUUAUUAAAAAUUGGACUCUAAAAUCAUUUUAGAAUCUGUCAUAAAAUCAUUUUCAUAAAAAAAGAAAAAUAUUUUUAAAAUUAAAUUUUUUAUUAAAAAUAACAAAACUCAAAUAUUUAUUAGAUUUAUUAAAUUAAAUUGUUAUGUCGUUAUUGUUUUAAUUUCAUGUAAAAUUAUAUUAAUUUAAUUUAACUGUAAAUAUUUGUUUUAAUUGUUUUUGUGUACGAUAAUUUGUAAGUACAGUUUAUCGAUUUGCUCAAUUAUUUUAUUGUUUCAUACUGUGUACUUGAUUAAUUAAUACGUCAAAUUAUACGUUUAUUUGUAUAUAAAUAAAUAUUUAUUAUUUUUCGUUAAAAAUUUUAUACCAGAUAAAAUUGGAUAAAAUUGGAAGCUGUUAAUUUUUUUAAAAACAGAUUUAUAAAUUAAUGAGUCUAUUAAAUUUAAUUUAAAUUAAUUAUAUUUAUAAAAACAAUAACAACAAAUUUAAAACAGUAAUACGUAUAGUUUUAUCAUAUUAAUGUGAAUGUAACUAGAUAGUACUUGACAAAAAAAUAAUAAAACAAUCAGCUGUAUGUUAGGCAUUGUAUAAAAUGAUUUAUGUACUUUAUAAUAUUUAUAAUUAAUGAAUAGAUUAAGUAAUUUAAAUGAUUGUAUAUCAAUUCUAGUCGAAUGUUGAGGUCGUUUGUAAUACUGAAUUAUGGACUAGUAGAUUUAUUGUGAUUCUUUAUUAAUUCUUUAUUAUAUUAUCUAUCUAUAUAUAUUCUAUGAAAUUUACACGUUAUAUUACCAGACAAUUAUAUAAGAGUACUUAAAUCAUGUAAAUUAUAAUAUCCUCAUCAAUAAAAUGAGUACAAAAAAAUAA